CUUCAUUGGCAUAAGCUGUGCCAGUCUUUGACAGCAUCUAUGAAAUUGGGAAGGAAACCAAAGCAUGGAUGUGUGAGGAGCCUGUUUCCUUUUACUACACCUUUCUGAUUCCUGAAAAGCAUAAGACCUUUUCUGCCCUUCUCACGUGCUGCGUAUCCUCUAAUCUAAAUUAACUCAUUCUCCUAUUUUUAACUUUCAGCUUCCUCUUCCUCUGUGACUCAAACUGCAUCAACCAAGUUAGUGAGAUUUUCUAUAUAUGGCUGUCAUGUCUAUGAGAAACUCAUGAAAGCUGUGGUAGUGACUUAGUUUUCUCAGCUAGUAGGGAAGUUUAGACAAGUUCCAGUUGAAUAGAGAAUAAUAAUGGCUUUAGAAACUCUUCCAUCCAAUGAGUUUUCCAACUUCAUUGUCUACGACACUAUCUCUGCAACUCCAUUUAACAGCCAUGACUCUUCGGAGGCUAGUUUCUUGGAAAGUUUUGUGAACUGUCAGGAACACGACCCCUCAUUAGAUGAUAGCUCAAUGAGGAGCCGAAAGCGCCAAGCCAGUGAGCUAGAAGCCAUCGGCAGGAAGCAGAAUGUGGUGGGGGUGCAAGGUAGGAAGAAGAGGAGAAGAAAGCCAAGGGUUUGCAAAAACAAGGAAGAGGCCGAGACACAAAGAAUCACUCACAUUACAGUGGAAAGAAACCGCCGAAAGCAGAUGAAUGAGCAUCUUGCUGUACUUCGUUCACUCAUGCCUGAAUCCUACGUCCAGAGGGGUGACCAGGCCUCUAUAGUGGGUGGUGCCAUAGAGUUUGUGAAGGAGCUGGAGCACCUCCUGCAAACACUGGAAGCAAGAAAGCUGCAACUUUUACAGGAAGAAGUGGUGCAAACCAAUGAAAAUACUGCCAUUUCCAAACUCAUGCAACCCCCUUUUGCACAAUUUUUUUUGUAUCCUCAGUACACAUGGUCCCAGAGUCCUAACAAAUACACAUCCAAGACCAAAGCUGCCAUAGCUGAUAUCGAGGUCACUUUAAUCGAGACCCAUGCAAAUCUUCGAAUUCUCACUAGGAAAAGUCCCGGCCAGCUAACCAAGUUAGUAUCUGGUUUACAAACUCUCUACCUCACCGUCCUACAUCUUAAUGUCACCACCAUAGACCCUUUGGUCUUCUAUUCCAUCAGUGCUAAGGUUGAAGAAGGAUUCCAGCUUGGUUCAGUAGAUGGUAUUGCAUCGGCAGUUCAUCAUUUGCUUGCAAGAAUUGAAGAUGAGGCUUUGCUUUGCUGUUGAUCAGGUUCAUAUGGGGGCACGAGAUUUUAGUGAAACGACCAAAUCACCCCUCUACCCACCUCAAGAGAGAGAGAGAGAGAGAGAUAGGGAAGGAAUAUAUGCUGAUGGCUGUAGUUUUUGUUUUUGUUUGUUUGAUGUCAACUUAUGUGUUCAUGUUAAAACAUAGUUGCAGUAGAGGAUGGUUUUUUAGGUUGCUUCAAGUAAGACUUGUUCGAGAAUAAUUUCCAAAAAAUAUCGACAGACUAAUGAAAAAAAUGUUGAUACAGUUCAUCUUCA